GUGCGUUGGGAGUUGGAGAACGGGCAGGAGAGGGACGAGAAAGAAAAGAAAGAAAAAAGGAGACCAAGCUGCUACGACAGCACUAGCUGGCUAAAGAGAAAGGGCGAAUUGCUUGUGGAAGACUGGUUGGACGGAGCAUAAUCUGCUUUUCUUUUCCAACAGCGGAUAGUUUUUCUUUCUUUGGUUUAUUCUGUACUUAGCUAGCCAAUCUAGCUAUGUGCAUGUAGUUUGUUCAUGGAGGAGAGCGCAGAAGCCAACGGCACGCUGGGGUUCCUGCCGAGGAACUGCCUUUUUAAAAUAGUUGGCUGAUUGUUGUCGUUGUUGCUAACAAGACAGCUAGCUAACGAGCCAUUGAUACGGAUAAAAAUACUUUUGUCCACCGGCACUGGUGCAAAAAAGUCGCUAAACCAAGUUAGCUAAUUUAAUUUCAGUUAUUGUGCGUUUUAACAGUUAGCCAACAUUAGCUAAGCGUCAUUUCCCCUUCCAGGCUCCUAUUUAACGUUAGCGAGCUAUCAGAUUAGCCAAUAUAGCUAACUUAUUGUAGUGCUGAAAACCAACGAAUGUUACUUUUUAAUUAAACAUCCCGUUUAUUUCGCUAGUUUAUUCACAAAACUAUUUAGAUAACAUUUCGUGAACUGGCUACAUGUGUUGAGCAGGCAAAUAUAUCAUUGUUCUGAUCUCUAUUCCCCGACAACAUUGGUCUGUGUGAGGUCGGCUGGCUAACGUUAGAUAAGUUAAGAGCAAGUGUAGCCUACUGUUUUAAUUAGCUUUUGGGUAGCUGGCUGGUGGUUUCAAGAACGAUGCACUGGUCACAGUCCAGUAGAAGCUACUUCCCAGUUUUCGAAAACAAUACACUGUUUUGACGAAACUACCGCGUGUGGAAUGCUGGAUGUAAUUAGCAUUGGGAACCUUUUAUGUUGCUACCUUUUUGUUCUGUGAUUUUUUUUUUUCUGCAUUGGACCUUCUGAAUUUGCGGCUUUCCGUUGGAAGACUAGCGUUAGCCGUGUGUUAGCUAGCUAGUUUGUAACGUUAGCCCCUUUCUCUCCUGCCUGUGGUGACAAUAUAUAAACUACAAUAUUGUUCCUUUAAUUUAAAAUAUACCUGAAGAAAAUUUCCAUAUCCUUCGCUCACCUGUCAUUUUUGCUGCUCUUCUUGGCAGUGGGUGUUUUUGUUCCCCUUUAGGGUAAUCUAACGUCAGCUAGCUUGCUUUUUUUAAGCUAUUAUUUAAGGGAGGGCCGAGGUGCGUUUGCACAUACUCUUUUCUUUUCUACAAUUGUUUUUAUUCGGGUUUGUGCAAAGACAACAGCGAUUUCUUUUCUGAAAUGAUGGAUGAUCAGACCCGUAUACUGACUGGUCUUACCGGACUCGCGGGAUUACAGCAACCCGACCUGGUCGACCCAGACUCAGUUCGGAAGCACCAGUCCCUCGGCCAGCCACAGCAAGACAUUGGGGACAUUCUUCAACAGAUCAUGGCUAUUACGGACGAAAGCCUCGACGAAGCACAGGCCAGGAAACAUGCUCUGAACUGCCACCGAAUGAAGCCUGCCCUCUUCAGUGUCCUGUGCGAGAUCAAGGAGAAGACAGUGCUGAGCAUCCGGGGAGUGCAGGAGGAGGACCCCCCGGACCCCCAGAUCAUGCGUCUGGACAACAUGCUGCUGGCGGAGGGCGUGUCCGGGCCGGAGAAGGGCGGGGGCUCAGCGGCGGCGGCAGCGGCGGCCGCGGCAGCGGGCGGGUCGCCGAACGACGGCAGCAUCGAGCACUCGGACUACCGCGCCAAACUCGCCCAGAUCCGCCAGAUCUACCACUCCGAGCUGGAGAAAUACGAGCAGGCCUGCAGUGAGUUCACUAACCAUGUGAUGAACCUGCUGCGGGAGCAGAGCCGGACCCGGCCCAUCUCGCCCAAGGAGAUCGAGCGCAUGGUGGGCAUCAUCCACCGCAAGUUCAGCACCAUCCAGAUGCAGCUCAAACAGAGCACCUGUGAGGCCGUCAUGAUCCUGCGCUCCCGCUUCCUCGACGCCAGACGUAAGCGGCGCAACUUCAACAAGCAGGCCACAGAGGUGCUGAAUGAGUACUUCUACUCCCACCUGUCCAACCCCUACCCCAGCGAGGAGGCCAAGGAGGAGCUGGCCAAGAAGUGCGCCAUCACAGUCUCUCAGGUGUCCAACUGGUUCGGAAAUAAGAGAAUUCGGUACAAGAAGAACAUCGGAAAGUUUCAGGAAGAAGCCAACCUCUACGCCGUCAAAACUGCCGUGGAUGCAGCCAGUGUGUCAGCUCAGGCCAGCCAGGCCAACUCUCCGGCAACGCCAAACUCAGGUGGAUACCCUGCACCAUGCUACACACCUGACGGCCGACUAUGAGGACCCGUCGGGAAGAGCUCCCUACCCCCCCCAAGCGCCUGGACACGGCACCAAUCCUUCCAUCAAGACUCCCGCAGGAGCUGCCAGCAGCGUCCAAUCGGACACCUCCCACUGAGGAAAGGCUCCACCCAACACUGGUCCCCUAACACCUCCCCUUUUCUCUAAACCCAACCCCUUCCCUGUGACUAGGUGCCACCACUGAGUCCUCCCCUCCCCUCUCCCCUCCCCUCCCGUCCUCUUCCCUUCCACACGGCAUCGACCAGCGCCUCCUGUCCUCUUCGCUCCACGCCCGAGGCACACGCUAGCUCUUCCUCACUCCUGUAGGCCUCUCCCCUUCCCUGUGACACGGCUCCACCCCUUUCCUCUGAAAUAUUCCCAUUCCCUCUUCCUUCUGCCGCAAACACCCUCGCUCUGACUCUUCCACUCAGCCUCUCAUUGGACCAUGAUACGCCCCCCCCCCCCCAAGAACAUAUGAGCUGGACUGUGAUUGGACAAUAAUGCAGUUUUCCCUGCCCUCAAAGGAGGAGGAGCUAGAGAAAUGGAUGACAGCAGAGGGGGGCGGAGUCCAGAAUGAGCUGCUCAUCUACCUAGAGACCUCUGGGGCAAACAGACUCUUGUGUACACACGAAGGUGUGUAUCUGUACCUAUUAGACUACACACGACUCACUUCCACAAAUUGUGUUAACAUUUUAAGGUUGUAUUAACUGCUGUGAUUGUUUGCUGGGUGAGUUGUUUUUUGUGUUUGUCAGCGUGUGUGUGUGUGUGUGUGUGUGUGUGUGUGUGUGUGCGCACGUAUGUAUGAAGUAUGCGCGCCGGCAUGUGUGUAACAGUCAGCAAACGUACCGGUUUCCACGGAGACGCUUCCAUCUCAUUGGGAGCUUUGCCCCUCCCACUUGUACCAAAGUGCUGCAUUCCUGAACUUAACCCAGUCUAACGAGCAGAAUCCCUGUCGUCUUUAAUUUGCUGUGCCAUCGCUGUUACUUUUAAUUUCAUAACGUUGCUUUUCCCCCUGUCCCAGUUCUGUACCUUUUCACCGUAGGUGGGUACUGUUGCUUCUAUACCUGCACCAUAACAUACCUUCACUCCUGUACUGUUACUAUGACACGCGUUCAUACGCACACUCACUUGCUCACGCGCAUGGAUAUAUACACACCCGCGCUCCUGCUCUUCCUCAAAGCCGUGCAACGCUGCACUUGCAGACUGACACAGGGUGUGGUCCGUGACGGAGGACAGGGUGGGAGAAGGUUCACUCGGCCUCUCGGUGAAUAGUUUUCACAAGCUGCGACUUGUUUUUUUUAAGCCUUUUUAAUAGCUUUGCUGUUUUUGUUUUGUUUUUUUUGUUUUUAAAGCAUUUUAAUCAAUAGUAGCUUUUCUUUUUUUUAUAAUGCUGUUUCACAAAGAAUGCACCAGCCACCAAAUAAACCUAGUUUGAAAUAACAUUAACUGUGGUAUGUUUCGAAAGGAAGCGUUGGGUAAAGAUGGCAACAAAAAAAAAAAAGUGACCGUCUUCUUUGCAUGUAGUGAUUGUGUUCAUUUUCUUUCAGUUUUUUUCUUUCGAUAUUUUUUACAAUAGACAAAAAACCUACAAAGACAAAAAAAAAAAAAAAAGACUAUGACCAAAAAUGAACACAUUCAUGAUGCAUCCAUAAACCACAGUACUCAACAGGUCAUGGAAGCUUGUGCUAUGUCAUAUUUUUAUACCUGUCCCUUAUGCACCACCUGCCACCAGAGGGCAGUAUUCAGGUUCAGCGAGUCGAAUCCUCUGCUGCGUCUGGAACCCUUACUACCCGUAAUCCAGAGGCAGCAGCAGCCUGCUGCUGUCUGAUGUUAAACCAAAAAUACUUCUGCUGUUGAUGAAGCUCAUACUCCAUAAGCACUGGUAUUGACGGAAAAGACUCGUUUUUGUUUUGGGGUCGGGGAGGAAGACAAACUGAGGAAUGCUUUGUCGUUGGUGUGUGUAUUGUUUUCAUUAUUUGGUUUAGGUCAAUUGUUUUCUAUUUUUGUGGUGAAUAUUUUGGUUAGGGGUGGGGGGGCAGUUACCUUUAGUGGGUCUGCGUGACCCGUUCUGAACCGAUGGAUACGAUUAUGAGGAAGUCGAUUGUGUCCAGUAUCUACCGUCACUCGCCGUUCAAAUUUUACUCCACUCCACAAACCUUAGGAGCUUUAUAAAUGUCAGCGGUAAACGCUAAUGAUGUCUGGUCUCUCCAAAUCCAAGAAAACAAAUCUCACAAUAAGGGCUUUUCUUGAAAUUGAAUUUAACCAAAAACCACAGUUAAAUAGAACGGCGGUGUUCCACUGCAGCAGCUGUCCCUCAGAGCAGAGGCCGGUGCCCCAAAACGUCAGCCGCGCCAGACUUCAGACUGGCUACCGCUAAAGGUGAAAAAUGUAGCAGGUUUUGUAGACAUUCUGGCUUGUUUAAAAAAAUUUAAAAAAGGGGGGGGUGGGGAAUACAUAUCACUGUAGCUCAAUGGACUAAACCAAGUGUCAAGUUAGUUAUUGGUUUAUACAAUGUAUACUGAUGAGCGAAUGUGGCGUAGGGGGUAAAACAUUUUAACCAUGGUAAUCAUGAGCUUCUGUUAAAUACACAAUUACUGUCAUGCUAAUGCUUUUACUGCACCAAAUUAAUUUCAUUUUUUUUCUAUGCCACUUGUCUGUGGAUAUCACUGUACAAAUUGUGGAAUGUUUCAAUAUUUUUUUUUUGUAUUUGUGUAACUUGGUUUUUAUCAUUUUAGUGGGUUUUGCCUUUAUUGGACUCUGUAAACAGGGGCAAUGUAUGUUUUUUUUAACGCAUUUUUUUAAUUUUAUUUUUUAUUAUGCCACAUCGCUUCUUUUAUUCUGGCUUCUUCGAUGGUUUCUGGGAGAUGUGGUGAUGAUGGGACUGGUCAUUGGCGUUCGGUGCUGUGGGUUCCCAUUGGACCGCUCGUCACGACCCGAUUCUUAAUCCGCCUGCGUUAACACCCGGAUGUGACCCGAGUGCAUGGAAGUUCCGCUUUGUUGCCGCGGCGCCGAUGCCUCAUUGGGCUUUGUGAGUGGUGUAUAGAUAGAUACAGCUGAUGGUUUUCCACCACACCGUGCGAUUCAGGCCCUUCAGUGCACUCUCUGCUUUUUCUUUACAAUACGUAUUCUUACACUUCCAAAGAUCAACACAACUUUUAUCACAGUUUAACCUUCUUGGCUUUUGCACAUAUUCCAUUUAUUUUUUACCUUGCCAGACAGCCAUAAGAAAGUCGUUUUAUUUCAUAUAUAUAUAUUGGGGCCACACUCAACUUCUGUAGUGUUGAGUUUCCACUGUAAGGACGCAUGCUGUGGCUGUAGUUUCCUGUAGCAGCAGGACAGGACCCACAGCACCGGACCGGAUGAGGCCGGGCCCACUCACCUCCUUACGUAUUUUUUUGUUCCGUUAAUGUCUGCCCUCCUUUCUGCAUUCAUCCAUUCUCUGUCCCUGCCUCGUCUCUCUACCUCUCUCCCUCCCUCCAUCUCUCUUGUAUAUAGAUGUCAUCAUUUCCAGACUUUAAGAGUCUGUAUUAACUCCUUUUAUACCUCAACUUUAGGAGAUCUGUUCUAGGAAGAGAUUAAUGCAGAAGAAAAAAAAAUAUGACAACCAAUGUAGUGUUCCUUAUUAGAAAAAAAAAAAAAAAAACUAAUAAAGAAUAGUGUGCUUUUUUGUGGGAAUAGUUAUUUUGGGGUGUUUGCUUCUUUUAAUGGGAACAAUGGUCUUUAGUCACUACAUCUAAGCUAUUGUGACAUUUAAAAAUAUUAAUAAAAAAAUAUAAAGGA